UGCUGUGUCUGUCUCUGGUUCUGUCACAGAGAGCAGAGCAGAGGAGAGAGGGACUCUAGUCAUCUGCAUCACCCCGGACCUGAUGGGAAAUAUCCUUCCUGUGUCUGGAAUGUUCUGGAUUAGCCAGUGUGCUGAGCUAGCGUGCUGGGAUUGCCAUGUUAGGAGCUGUUUCUGAGCUGAUUUCGAGGACCCAUCCAUCGUAGUACUGCAGCUGAGACAGUUGUGUUAGACCAUGAACGAGGUUGCCACCUCCCCCCUCGCUAGUGAGGUCCCCUCCCCCAUGAUCACCUCCGUUACGCCCACCCUGGACCCCCCAUCAGGUGACCCCCACGACCUGGAGGACACCCCCUCCCCAGCCUCCCCAGGCCUCGCUCCAGGGCCCAGCAAGGGCAGCCCUGGCCUGGACUCGCCCCCCCGUGAGAGAGACCCCUCUCAGAGGUCUCGGAAGCCCCCUCCCCUGCACACGGGGGCGGACUGGAAGGUGGUUCUUCACCUGCCGGAGAUUGAGACCUGGCUGAGGAACACCUCAGAGAGGGUCCGCGACCUCACACACUCCGUCCACCUGGACUCCCAGAACAGGCACGUGGAUGUGCACCUAGUUCAGCUCAAGGACAUCUGUGAGGACAUCUCAGACCACGUGGAGCAGAUCCACGCGCUGCUGGAGACGGAGUUCUCUCUGAAGCUGCUGUCCUACUCGGUGAACAUCAUCGUCGACAUCCGCAGCGUUCAGCUCCUGUGGCACCAGCUGAGGGUGUCCGUCCUGGUGCUCAAGGAGAGGCUGCUUCAGGGGCUGCAGGACUCCAACGGCAACUACACCAGGCAGACCGACAUUCUGCAGGCCUUCUCUCAGGACCAUGACCAGACUCGCCUGGACGCGCUGACUGAGGUGGACGACAGUGGUCAGCUGACCAUCAAGUGCAGCCAGGACUACUUCUCUCUGGACUGUGGCAUCACUGCCUACGAACUGAGUGACUACAGCCCCAGUGACGACGCAGAGGCCCGAGGCCAGGGCCAGGAGGGGUCACAGGAAGGUCCGCAGGCCCAGGAGGCGAGGUGUUCCUACCCUGAGCUCCAGCGAGACUUCCCAGAGCUCCUCCAGAGCGUCGACCUCCUCACCAUCGCCGCCGAGAACCUGUCCUCCAAUCAGGGCCUCGUAUCCAAAGAGAGGGUGGUGCCUAGCGCCUCCGAGGACACGCCCGCCUGUGUGGAAAAAGACGACAACUCUCUGUCCGUACCCACAAUGCACUGCGGUAUCAGUACGCCUCAGAGUGAGAGUUCGCUCUCAAAGCGUCCUCUCCAGGGGGUGGUGAGCAGCGAAGUGUCCCCCACCCAGCCCUCUCUUCCCCCCAAGAGGGCUAUGUACCUGGAGGGUGACGACCUCCACUACACCCACCCAGGGGGCAGCUUUCACAGAUCCAGCCUGCCUCCGGGCCUCCAGUUCCAGGCCGAACUGAGCCGGAGCACCCCCUCCCUCCUGGAUCCUCCGGAUCGCUCUAAGUUCUGGCUGGAGCUGGACAGCGUGUACCCCAAUGCAAACGCCAGCCAAUCGUACGAGAGCCUGCAAGCUAUGAACGGCAAGAACCUGCAGAGGAGCCGAAAGCAGAGCCUCAGGGAGGGGCCCAAACCUGGGGGGGUCAUAGCCCCUUUCCCCCUGCAGAGGAGCAUCUCCGAGGCUGGUCGCCCCCCAGGGCGAAACCCCCAGAGUGACCAGGACAGCCCCCUUCCCUCCCCCCUCAGAGACCCCCUCUCCUCAGACCAGGAGAGCCAGGACGACGGCUCCUCCCCCUGCCCCCCCAGCAAGGCUGCAGUUUGGAUCCUCAGGCAGAGAGAGCUCCAGGGGGCCCAGGUGCAGGCGGGGGCCAGCCCAGAGAGGGAGCGCUGGUACGGGUCGGAGGAGUUCCUGGCCCUGCCUGCCCAGCUCCGGAAGACGGAGAUGCUGGCGAUGAAACUGGAGAGCCUGGCUCAGGCCAUCCCAUGGAAGCCGGGUCAGAGCUGUGGUCAGGAGCACCUCCAGGAUGUGGACGACUGGGACCUGACGGAGCUCAACCCCGAGUGGGACAGCGAGGAGACGGGCGAGGACACCGGAGGAGAGGCCCACCUCAGAGGCCCACCUCCGCCUCUCCUACCCCCCCAGCCCCACCACCAGCCCCACCACCAGCCCCACCACCAGCCCCACCUCCUCCACCUACCCCACAGGAGGCCUCUCCACGUGGGCCGCUUCUCUCCUUCCUCCUCCAGCGACAUGGCCCCCUCCCUGGACGACAGCAUCGAGUCAGGGCCCCUGAGCGACCUGCAGUCCGAGGACGAGGUCUGGAGCUCUUCUGGAGGAGACUCCAGGAGGGGGGAGCUCCCCCGGUCCCAGAACAGAGCCUCUCCCCUGGACUGUGCCCGCAGCGGACAGCCCCUCAUCCUCCAGCUCCUGGAGGACAUCCAACACCAGGACCACAACCAUCCUGACAUCUGGAGAAAGAUAGAGGGGUUUGUGGGAAAGCUGGAUGAGUUCAUCUGCUGGUUGAGGGAGGCACUGGAGACCACAGAGAACUGGACGCCCCCUAAAGCAGACAUGGACAGUCUCAAGCUCUACCUGGAGACACACCUGAGCUUCAAGCUGAAUGUGGACAGCCACUGCUCAUUGAAGGAGGGUGUUCUGGUUGAAGGCAGGCAUCUGCUGGAAGUCCUCACAUCCCACAAAUCAGGUCUGAGGGACAUGCUCCAGAUGAUCUCUCAGCAGUGGGCGGAGCUUCAGAGGCAGAUCCGUCGCCAGCACAGCUGGAUGCUGCGGGCGCUCGACGCCAUCAAAGCCCACGUGCUGUACCCCGGCCCCCGCAGGGAACCCAGCCCUCAGCCAAGCCCAGGCCCCGACACAGGCCAGCCCGGAUCAGCAGGACCCAGGAACGCCAGCCUGCCCCAAGAAUGCUACGAUUCAGCCCGUCUCCAUGACAACCCCGGCAGCCACUUCCAAAAGUAA